GUUUUGUGGAGUUCUACAGCAACCAAGAAGCCGAUGCAGCGCGACAAGCGCUUAAUGGUCAGAUCGUUAACCCAUCGGAUCCCUCUAACCAUUGGAGGCUGGGCUGGGCACAGAGGAAAGACAAUGAAGGCCCAAGGUCAAAUAUGGGAGGUGGCGGUAUGGAAGGAGUCGGUGGUCACGGCGAUAGACACGACGAAUAUUCUAUUUUUGUCGGUGAGCUCACCGAUGAAGUGACGGACGGAACAUUGCUGGCUUACUUCAGAAUGUCAUAUCCGAACUGCAAAACGGCGAAAGUGGUCACCGGAAACGACGGUCGGAGUAAAGGCUACGGCUUCGUACGAUUCUACGACAAAGCCGAGCAAUUAGACGCUAUCACACGCAUGCAUGGUGCCGUAGGAUGCGGAGGUAAAAUACUACGAGUGAGAGAAGCCACCCCCAAGAAUCCCCGCAGAGACGGAGGCGGCGGCAUGGGAGGCCAUUCGCAAUGGGGGGGUGGCAAUCAAUGGGGUGGACAACAACAGCAGUGGGGUGGGCAACAGUGGGGGCAACAGGAUCCAUACAAUCAGUGGAAUCAGCAGCAGGCGUAUGGGUGGGGUGACUACCAACAAGGUCAGGCAGGACAAGUACAGGACCAAACGGGAAUGCAGGCUGGCAGUGGGGUAGCUGUGAUCACACCGGCAGAACUCACGCCAGCGAUGGAAGAAACGCUAGAUUUCACUGGAAAAUACAACGUUAAGGAAGCAAACGAGAUAUACCUCAAGAAAGAGACGAAAUUACUCAUGAGUAAUCUCGAUGCCUGGGAAUUGCCUGUGGGUCAAAGGCAGGCUGCUAUGUAAUACGGAGAGGCAUAUUACUCAGUGGACACGAGCCAAAAAUAAACACUUUAAAUUCCA